GCUCAGGAGGGCGCUCUGGUGCCGGGCUGGGUGGGUGGCGGGCUGCGCGAAGCCCGGCAGGUGGGUCCCCGGGGUGGCCGCGGGCGGCGCUGAUGGUGCUCCGCUCUCUCCCGCGCAGGCAGGGCCAUGGCAGCAGGCGGCCGGCAGGCCGGGCCCAUGCCGGACCUGGGCCGCUACGUGGUGGCCCGGCCCAUAUACAGCGAGCCGGCCUUUGAGGAGGAGAACAAGAAGAGAGCGCACCUGCAGCCGACCCUGCGCGAGCGAGUCCAGGGAGCCUGCAGCUGUUCAAGAAAAAAGGCCUUUCAGAUAACCAAGUCCUUUCUCCCCAUCCUGGAAUGGCUACCUAAGUACAGAGUAAAGGAAUGGAUAGUUAGUGAUAUCAUCUCUGGUGUCAGUACGGGGCUUGUAGCUACUUUACAAGGUUUGGCAUUUGCUUUACUGGUUGCAGUUCCUCUUGGAUAUGGUCUCUACUCUGCGUUUUUUCCCCUCCUGACGUAUUUCUUCUUGGGAACAUCAAGGCACCUCUCAGUUGGACCGUUCCCUGUGGUCAGUUUGAUGGUGGGAUCUGUUGUGCUGAGCAUGGCACCUGAUGACAAGUUCCACAUAAUGAGCAGUAAUGCUACAGGGCUUAACAAAACACUGAUAGACACUGCGUCCCGAGAUGCACAGAGAGUAGUGAUUGCCAGUACCCUCACAUUUCUGGUUGGAAUUAUACAGCUUGUGUUUGGAGCCCUACAGAUUGGUUUCAUUGUGAGGUACCUAGCAGAUCCCCUGGUUGGAGGAUUCACAACUGCAGCUGCUUUUCAAGUUUUUGUUUCACAACUGAAAAUAGUCUUAAAUGUUUCAACCAAAAAUUAUAAUGGGAUCCUUUCCAUAAUAUAUACCCUCAUCGAAAUAUUUCAAAGAAUUGGUACCACCAACAUUGCAGAUCUCAUUGCUGGGCUACUGACCAUUUUUGUGUGUAUGGUAGUUAAAGAAAUAAAUGAUCGAUUCAAACACAAGAUCCCUGUUCCGAUUCCUAUAGAAGUAAUUGUGACAAUAGUAGCCACAGGGAUCUCAUAUGCUGCUGACCUGGAAAAAAAGUACAAUGCAGGCAUUGUUAAAUCCAUUCCUAGAGGGUUUUUGCCUCCUGAGCCUCCAGCUGUCAGUAUGUUUUCAGAAAUGAUAGCAGCCGCAUUUUCCAUUGCUGUGGUCGCUUAUGCUAUUGCUGUGUCUGUGGCAAAAGUCUAUGCAACGAAACAUGACUAUUCUAUUGAUGGAAACCAGGAAUUUAUUGCCUAUGGAAUCAGCAAUGUGUUUGCAGGAGCUUUCUCUUGUUUUGUUGCUACCACCGCUCUGUCACGUACUGCUGUCCAGGAAAGCACUGGUGGGAAAACCCAGGUUGCUAGCAUAAUCUCAGCAGGGAUUGUACUGAUUGCCAUUGUGGCUCUGGGGAAACUGCUAGAGCCCUUACAGAAGUCUGUGUUGGCAGCUGUUGUCAUUGCCAACUUGAAAGGGAUGUUCAUGCAGGUGUUUGAUGUUCCUCGUCUGUGGAGGCAGAAUAAGGCUGAUGCUAUGAUCUGGAUUUUCACAUGUGUGGCAUCCAUCAUUCUGGGUCUUGAUUUGGGAUUACUUGCUGGCCUUGUAUUCGGAUUACUGACAGUUGUGGUGAGAGUUCAGUUUCCCUCCUGGGGUGGCCUUGGGAACGUUCCUGGCACAGACCUCUACAAGAACGUCAAGGACUACAAAAUGGUUGUUGAACCAGAAGGAGUGAAGAUUCUCAGAUUUUCCAGUCCUAUUUUUUAUGCUAAUAUAGAUGGAUUGAAAAGCAGCCUGAAAUCCACUGUGGGGUUUGAUGCAGUUCGCGUGCAUAACAAGAGGCUCAAAGCACUGAGGAUGAUACAGAAACUGAUCAAGAAGGGAAAAUUAAAAGCAACUAAGAAUGGCAUCAGUGAUUCUGGGGCUACCAAUGAAGCUUUUGAGUCUGAUGAAGAUCUUGAUGAUCCUGAAGAUCUUAACAUUCCAACCAAAGAAGUAGAGAUCCACGUGGACUGGAAUUCAGAACUCCCAGUCAAAGUGAAUGUCCCCAGAGUGCCUAUCCACAGUUUAAUUUUUGACUUUGGAGGUGUAUCAUUCUUGGAUGUUGUAGCUGUGAGAACAAUGAAAAUGAUAGUUAAAGAGUUCGAGAGAAUUGAUGUGACUGUAUACAUUGCAUCACAUCAAGACAACAUUAUAACAAAGCUGGAACAAUGUGGCUUCUUUGAUGAUAACAUCAGAAAAGACAUAUUCUUCCUGACUGUCCAUGAUGCUGUGCUUUACAUACAGCAUGAAAUGAUGCACAGAGACAUCCAGGAUCCUAUUUUUGAAAAGAUUUCACUGAUGCAGGAAUCUAAGGAACCAAUAGAUUUUACAGAAACAGGAAAUCUUGAUGAUGAACUUGAUGUUCAGGAGGAGGCCAUGCGCAGACUCGCUUCAUGAAGGAAAACUAUUAUGGAUAUCUUGGACUCCCUGGCAAUAUUCAGGCACCAAUACUAUAUAAGCAUUUUCUGCACUGGGACUUGUCUUUGCACUUGAAGAAAACACUAAUUUCUUUGUCUGAACUCUACAGAGCUCUAUAAAUCUCCAAGUUUUGUCUGUUGACAUGUAAUCCUUAAAAUAGUCAAGUCUGAUCAGAAAAAUUUGUUCAUAGUAUCAAUGUUGGCAAGAUAUG